AUGGGCUGCACGGUCCCAAAACCGAACCCUGUGGAACACCGCGCGACAAAAAAGGUAUACUAUUUCUCAGGUCAUGCAGAGGAAAAGUACUACAUCACGCCAGUGGAAUUGCCAAAGGCUUCAAAUAACCGAAUUAUCGGAGGCGCACCUACUACGAUAGAACAAUAUCCAUUUGUAGUACAGAUUUACCUACAGAGAACAUUCCGGUGCGGAGGCUCACUCCUGACCAACACACACGUAAUGUCUGCAGCACAUUGCUUCGUGUAUUCGUCCGGAUUCUACAUAAACCCCGCCGCCUUCACGAUUAACAUCGGCUCAACACACAUUUACUCAGAGGGCACCACUCAUCUAGUAUCAGCAAUUAGAGUCCACGAGAACUACGUAAGCCCAGCCAGCGACAAUGAUAUAGCUGUAUUACUGCUCAGAACAGCUGUGACCUUGAGUUCAACUGUAACUACUGCUCACAUACCGGUGCAAGGAGCUUCUGUACCUGAAAACGCCACAGUCAUAGCCGUCGGUUGGGGUACUACGAAUGUGAAUUCCAAAAUCCCAUCAGGCGUGCUAAACGAGGUGGCAAUUAUUAAAAUCAACCGGCGAAUAUGUCGGAAGAAUUUUUUAGAACUGCAAGCUGUGACUGGAAUAACACGCCAGAUCACAAACAACAUGAUCUGCGCUGGGAUUUUAGAAGUUGGAGGUAAAGAUGCGUGUCUAGGUGACUCUGGCGGUCCUCUCCUCUACGGUGGGGUAGUGGUGGGGGUGACGUCAUGGGGGACGGGAUGCGCGGAGGCAUAUUACCCCGGAGUGUUUACCAAAGUCUCCAGCUACACCUCUUGGAUCAACGAUACGAUUAACCGAUAUAAUGGUGCCAACUCACUGAUCAGCUGUCGUGUGAUUCUGGCGAUCCCCUUUUUGUGUUUCAUUCUCAGCCAAUUGACAAACUUCUUCUGAGAAAUAGAAUUGCUACGAAAUGAAGUUUAAGACUGAUCCAGAUAUUUGUAUAAUGCAUAUUGAACUGAUUGCUAUAUUGGAAUUUAGAAGCUUUAUAUUUAUAUUAGUCAGGAAAUAAAACAGGUAACGUAUCGCACACUUUACUUUAUUAUUCCCACACAAUAAAGUAUUACAGUAACAAUUCGACUUCUUACUCCACCGAAUGCUAUAUCCAGAAUGAAUUCCUACCAUGGCUGCUAGUGUAUAGGUAACUUCCUAACAUAUAGUGGGGGU